GCUCCGGAGCUGGAGCUCCCCUGGCACAGUCGCCUUCCCCGGCUCCAGCCAGCGGGAGUCCUGCGGCCGCCCUGCCUGCACCCAGCAGGCACCGGCACCAGCCAGGCCUCUGCCUGCUCCUGCCUGUCCCGGCACCUCUGCAGCAUGGGGACGGUCAGCGAGCUCUGUGCCUCCAGUUUCCAGGCCUUCCUCUGCCCCUCGGUGGCUGCCAAGGCAGUGCCCAGUGACCUGACCCCGGAGGAGUGCCAGGAGCUGGAGAACAUCCGCCGCCGCAAGCAGGAGCUGCUGGCUGACAUACAGCGGCUGAAAGAUGAGAUAGCAGAAGUGACAAAUGAGAUCGAGAACUUGGGGUCCACAGAGGAGAGGAAAAACAUGCAGAGGAACAAGCAGGUGGCCAUGGGCAGGAAGAAGUUCAACAUGGAUCCCAAGAAGGGCAUCCAGUUCCUGAUUGAAAACGACCUGCUGAAGAACACGUGUGAGGACAUCGCUCAGUUCCUCUACAAGGGCGAGGGCCUCAACAAGACCGCCAUCGGUGACUACCUGGGCGAGAGGGACGAGUUCAACAUCCAAGUCCUGCACGCCUUUGUGGAGCUGCACGAGUUCACUGACCUCAACCUUGUGCAGGCCCUGCGGCAGUUCCUGUGGAGCUUCCGGCUGCCCGGGGAGGCACAGAAGAUCGACCGGAUGAUGGAGGCCUUUGCGCAGCGGUACUGCCAGUGCAACCCUGGCGUCUUCCAGUCCACAGACACCUGCUACGUGCUCUCCUUUGCUAUCAUCAUGCUGAACACCAGCCUGCACAACCCCAAUGUCAAGGACAAGCCCACGGCCGAGCGCUUCAUUGCCAUGAACCGUGGCAUCAACGAUGGGGGGGACCUACCAGAGGAGCUGCUCCAGAAUCUGUAUGAGAGCAUCAAGAACGAACCCUUCAAAAUCCCUGAGGAUGAUGGCAACGACCUCACCCACACCUUCUUCAACCCUGACCGGGAGGGCUGGCUGCUGAAGCUUGGGGGAGGCAGGGUGAAGACAUGGAAGCGACGCUGGUUCAUCCUGACUGACAACUGCCUUUACUACUUUGAGUACACAACGGAUAAAGAGCCCCGUGGCAUCAUCCCACUGGAAAACCUGAGCAUCCGUGAGGUGGAGGACUCCAAGAAGCCGAACUGCUUUGAGCUCUACAUCCCUGACAACAAGGACCAGGUGAUCAAGGCCUGCAAGACGGAGGCAGACGGACGUGUGGUGGAGGGGAACCACACCGUGUACCGCAUCUCUGCCCCCACACCUGAGGAGAAGGAGGAGUGGAUCAAGUGCAUCAAGGCAGCGAUCAGCCGGGACCCUUUCUAUGAGAUGCUGGCUGCCAGGAAGAAGAAGGUCUCCUCCACUAAGAGACAUUAGCAGCCUCCUGCGAGACCGAGUGUGCUGGCAGCCCCAGCAGCUGCCUGCCACGCUGUGGGGCUGGGGCCACGCUGCAGCUUGGCCCUCGGGGCCCAGGACCCCGCUUCAGCUUCCCAGUUUCUUUACCAUGGGAGGAGGCACGUGUGCUUCAGUGACUCUGCCCCCCCAUCACUGCCUCAUCUCCAGAUCUCCAGCAUCUUGCCAGGCUCAAGCUGAUACAUGGACACCUGUGUGUGCAGGGAGCCCCAUCCUGACCCAGGCUGGGCUGCAGCAUGGGAAGUGCACUAUGUGUGCACCAGGCAGGACCCCACCACAGCACCUCCAGAUCCUGAGUGGAGCCUCACAUGCUUCUGGGUCUCCCCAGCACCUUGUCCUACUUCAUUUGGGGUGUCCCAUCAGGAGGAUGAAGGCUGCACUUAGCAGCUGGUGGCUUUGGGGUGCUGCAGGACUGGGGAGGCUCAACUCUGGCCCUCGUUGUAGCGGGUCUGGGUCUGCCCUGAGCUUCCCCAUGCUGCUGCCUUGGACCUCCAGCUGUCCUGUGCCAGGGACAGGCCCUGUGGGCACAGGAGCCAGGAACUGCCCCCAUUCCGGUGAAUGGUGGUACAGGGGGGACACAGGUGCCCUGGCCUGGCCACAGGGUGCUGGAGCCGGGAUGAGGGCCAUGGUCCAGCAGCUCUGCAUGGUGCUGCCUGGCAGUCCUGGCGAGGGGCAGCGGUGGCUGCUGCAUCCCCACACACAAGCCCUUACUGCGGAGCCUGCGGUGGGAUGUGCUUGAGGGCUGGGACACCCCCUCUGCCCUGCACCAGUGUCGUGUCCUGUGCCCUGGCCUGGAGGGAGGCACCUGGAUUCAGUGUUAGUCUAUUUAUCAGAGGUGUAAAUACUCCUGUAUAGUUUUCUCCUUUUAGAUGAUUUUGUAUGGCAGGUCGGUCUGUGCAGAGGCCAGGGGGGAGGGGGGGACGGGACAGGGACACACAGGAGUUUUUAUUGUAACCCUUAUUUUUCGUUUUUCCUUUUGCCACGGCCUGUACCCUGGUGCUGAGGAUCCGCAGCAAAUAA